AUUUUCCACCUUGUCCACUGUUACCUCAGGCACAGUCUCAGUGGGCUGGGCCACUCCUCCGGCCACCCCCUGCCCUUCUUGUCUCGGGGCCUCCACAGACACUUUCGCAAGUUGUUAUCCUGUCUGUGGCCAUCUACUCUAUCGCCCGCACCACCUCCCAGCAGGCCCCGCUGCCAACGGCAUUUGCUCAGUGGCAGUCAGCUUGGUGGCCGCCAUCUUUACUGCACAGGAUUGCAGUUUAGGUCCAGGUACAGACUGGUGAGUCCCUCCUGCCAUGUCUGUCAUGGAGAAGCAAGACCUGACUGAAGCUGGUCAGGACAGAGCUGAUAGUGAGGCAGACCAUGACCCUGGACUCGCUGGGGUCCCAGUGGUUACCCCCGCAGAAGAGUCAGAUGAAAUCGUGUUGGUUGCGGCCUUUCUGGUUUCCCAGGCAGUCGCCAUAGCCCUUCAGGAAGCAAAGAAGGGUAGUCAGGAGGCCGCCCAGACCACAGUUGAGGAGGACAGAGACACCUGCUCAGCAGAGCAAGAGGAAGGCAUGGAGGAGGGGCAGGAGGAGGAGAAAGAGGAACAGGACUACGUCAUUGAGGAGGAGGAAGAUGAGGAUGAAGGGGAAGACUGCAACAAGCAGUUUAAAGCAUAGAAAGACAUGGAUGAAAGAGAAACAGUGUUCUUCACGGAUUUGAGAUGUUUCGAAAUUCAGUAGUGCAUGGGAAAUUUCAUCAACACUAGCUUGUCCAGGAGUUCAUCACCCAAAAAGUAACAUCCACUGAUACUUGGUUUUUGUCUUUCUUCAUAUAUAUCUGACAACGUUUGUUCAAGUUAAAAAUAAACGUUUGUUUAAAAUGAAUCAGCU